CCGCCCGCGCCCAAGAUGGCCGCCCGGGAGCACUGCGCGCCGCGCCCAACAUGGCGGCCGCCUGCGACAGCGCAGUUGGGGGGGCGGGCGGGCCGGGAUGUCACUUCCGGUCUGAGCGGCGGAAGCGCUGGCCGGGCUCCCAUGGAGACGGGUGAGGGCCGGCCGGGGGUGGCGGCGACGCUGCGGGCCCUGAACGGGGCGCUGGGGCGGCCCGCCGCCCUCUGGGUGAAGGAGAACGGCACCCGCAACCUGCGGCACCGGGACUUCCUGGCGCCGCGGGCCGCGCUGAACGCCGCCUUCCCCGGGGGGCAGGUGCCCGCCGACGUCAUGGCGGGCGUGACAUCACUGGGAGGCGCGGGAGUGCUGGCGGUGCGGGGCUGCCAGGAGACGCCGGCGGGGCUGGCCGUGCAGGUGCGGCGCCCCGAGGCCUUCCGUCGCCUGCUGGCCCCCCUGCCCGGCCCGGCCCCCGCGGCGGGGCUGCAGGCAGGCUGGGUGGUGCUGCACUGCCCGGCCCUGCGCGGCCCCGCCGCUGCCCUGCGGCCCCGCCACCUCCGCACCGUCCUGCUGGCCGACCACCUGGCCCAGCUGCUGCGCGCCCAGGGGGUCGGCGUCCGCCUGGUCCCUGCCCUCGCCGAGGAGGGGAGCCGGGAGGUCCUGCGGCAGCUCCGCGUCGACUGGCCCUCCAGCUCCGGUGGCUCGGCCCUCCCUGACACCGUCUUGGCCUUGAAGCGGGUGCUGGGCCGGUCACCCUGUGCUGCAGCCUGUGAGCAGGGGCCGGGUGCAGCUGUGCUGCCUGAGGAUGUCAUCUGUAAAGUGCACUUGAAGAGCUUCGUGGAGCAGCAGGGCUUGGUGGGCUACGACCCCAAUCUAGAUGUCCUUCUCGUGACGGAGGGGAAGCUGCGGUCCCUGGCUGAGCUGCAGCAAGCUGUUCUGCAGUGUGCGGCUGGAGGCCAGGGGAGCUGCUGCAGCAUUGUGCAUGUGGUCAGCUGUGAGGAGGAAUUCCGGCAGCAGCAGUUGGACCUGCUCUGGAGGAUUUUGGAUCCAGGAGCCCACACAGCUUUGCAGAAACACCUUGUCUGUGGGCCAGUGAAGGUGACAAACCCCUCAUCACCCAUCGGGGCAGACCAGUACUUCCAGCUCCGAAAGCACCAGAUGUAUGAAGCCUCCGUGAUGAAGUAUGGGGAGCUUGCGCAAGAUGAGGCCUGGACUGAGGUGAUUGAUACCCUCACAGUGGCUGCCAUCAGGUUUGAGAUGCUGAGCACUGCUCACCGGAGUCAGAUCACCCUGGACCUGGAGGACAGCAGCAUCUCCACAAAGGGAACCAAGAGCGGCGCCUUUGUGAUGUACAACUGUGCCCGGCUGGCCACGCUCUUUGACACCUACCAGCGGGCUGUGGAGCGGGGCACGUACCCAGCUCUGCCACCAGUGUCACAACUGAACUUCUCCUGCCUCCGGGAAGAGGGCGAAUGGCUCCUGCUCUUCAACUAUCUCCUGCCCUUCCCUGAAGUCCUGCAGCAGGCAGCAGAGCUGCCCACACCCACCAAGGGGAUCCGGAUCACAGCCAACACAGAGACAGUGUGCAAGUUCCUGAUACAGCUCAGCAUGGAUUUCAGCUCCUACUACAACCGGGUCCACGUCCUGGGGGAGCCGUUCCCUCACCUCUUUGACCAGAUGUUUGCCCGCCUCCAGCUGCUGGGAGCGGUGAGGGAUGUGUUCCACAGCGCGCUGGCAACUCUGCACCUCCCUCCUCUCAGCCAAAUCUGAGCCACCGCUGAAGAGCCUGCCACGGUGUGACGGGCACCAGGACAGUGCGCCACGAGAGGAAGGACAGGCCACAACCUCCCUGGCAGGGCGAGGGGUUGCCCUACCAUCAGGCAGGGAGUCAGGGCAUGUCUCAGCCCUCACACAGGUGCUUCCCCUCCCACCGCUCAUGGGGUUUGAGGGUUUGGCUAUGUGUGCCUGCAGCUGCACCCAGUGUAGGAGAUGGGUAUGCCUGCCAUGUCGACGCCAGCAGAAGGGAGGAUGCCUGUGGCACUCUGUGAGCUGAGCUGGGGAGUACCAGGGGAGGUAGCACGGGGGACCAGUCACCACAAAGCCAGGCACCUACCUCGCUUCCCUCAAAGCCAUUUAUUGAAGGUUGCUCCAUGCUGGCAGGGAGCUCCUGAGACUCAAGGUUCCUGUUGGCCCCUUGGCCAGGCCCUGAUAUUGGGGUCCAAUACACUUGUUGCUGGACAAA